CUGAAGGAUUCGGGUUCAAGACUUACCGAGACCAACCCGACCUUUGACCUUCUUUGGAGUUUUUGUUCCUAUUUGGACCUCCUGUGGUUGUUCCUCAUCAUGGCGGACUUCCCGUCUAAAGUGACCACCGAGACCAGCACCCAGAACUACCAGAACUCCCAGCAGUCGGGCGGGAACCGAGCGGGUCUGACCGCCAGCAUCUCCACCCGGGUCGACUUCUCCUUCAUCCAAAGCGUGCAAGGUGUCCUGAUGAUGGUGGAAAUCGUCGUGGGCUUCCUGCAGUGGAUGCUGGUGGCCUGUGUGAACCACUGGGCCAACCCCGCGUACGGAUGGGUGCUGUUCGUGGCCGUCACUCUGUGGAUCCUCACCACCGUCCUCUUCUUCCUCCUCCUCUUCAGCGUCCAGCAGAAGAUGGCGUUCGUCCCGUGGCCCAUGACGGUGAUGGUGUAUAACGGCGUGGCCACCGUUCUCUUUCUGACGGCGUUCAUCGCCAACGCCGCCACCGUGUCCUUCUUCAGCGCUCAGUAUUCCUUCGGACACUUUGGAGCUUCUGCGUUCUUUGCCGCCGUCAUGACGCUGCUGUACGGCGCCAGCGCUUUCUUCUCCUACCUGGACUGGAGGGGCGAUGGGGGGAACGCCGCCACCUCCACGGUGCCCACCUAGAGACCGUCAGUCAGUCAGCUGCUGCUGGAGGGAAAAGAGGAGUUCAUGUCCAACCGUCACCAUGAAUCCUGAUCUGAUCUGAUCUGAUCUGAGCUGCUCCUAGAAGCAGAAAUCUGUUCCAGUUAAUCCUGUUUGUUCAAACCUUCAAUUAUUCAGAUUUCACUGCAAAAACCAAAGUCCAAACUUUAGAAUGACAUCAAAUGUACUGUUUGUGUUUUCUGCAUCUCCUGCUGCUGCUCACCUGAGCAGGUGAGUCCAGACUCUGAUCGUCUGGACUCACCUGGAGGAUCAGGAGGAUCAGGAGGGACUGGAGCGGGUCAGCUGGUCUCCUCUACCGACUCCUCGUGUUUGGACUCGAGUUUCAUCUUAAAUGAGGAAUAAAUAAAAGAAAACCUCAUUUUAACCUCAUUAAAACACGUUUUUAUUUUCUGUUUUUGUGUAAAUUAGACAUAAAAGUUGUUAGAUUUAGACGUUUCUCUUGUCAAAGCAAAGCAGUGAAUAUUUGUAAAUAAACAAACAUGUUUGUGGGGUUUUGAUUUUUUAUUGUAAUUUAAAAGCACUGAAUGAAUAAUGUUCAAAUAUGUAUGAGUCGUCCAAUAAUACAAACUUCUGUUCUCCAGUGAGUAAAGAUGAACCCACAGGAUGAAUCUGAGACGAGUCGAUCUGGACCUGAAGAUGAAAACCGCAGACAUUAUUCUGGGACACGAGUCGGGGGACGUUUGAAAAGAUUUUUUAUCUUGUAUUUUUGUUUGGGUUCACAGCACUUUUUCAAUAAACAGAAACUGUUGGA